AUGACCAGCUUCGAUGCACUCAUGGCAGGUUGCACCGUCGCCACAGAUGAAAUCGUAAGGUGCCGGAGCAGUCACUAGCUCCACAAGCUGUUCUCUCAGGAGCGCCAGACGGCCGAGUACCGCAACUCUGCUCUGGCGGGGUUUGGUGCCUGUUGAUGAGCAUGGUGCAGCCCGUACCCACUGCUGUGGUGGCGGGCCUUGUUGGGGGAGGGGGGCUCUGGUGCUGGGCCGGCGGUUGCAUUGCGCGCUGACAUCGACGCGAAACCGCAGUCGGAGGAGGCGGACUUGCCAUUCAAAUCGCGCGUUCCAGGCGUGAUGCCGGUGUGUGGGUACGACGCGCACACGGCGAUGCUGCUUGGCGUCGCUAAGGCGCAGUGUGCGCUUGCUCGCGAGAUCAAGGACACCGUGCGGUUAAUUUUCCCGCACAAAGAGGAGUUGCCAUCGAACUGUGCGAUUGAGCUGAUGAAGGCUGGCGUGCUGGAUGGCGUGAGGCGCAUCUUCGACAUGCACGUUUCCUAGUCUAUGCCCGCCGGCUGCGUAUCGGCGAUGGCUGGUGUCAUCAUGGCUGGUGGCGGCAGCCUUGCGCUGAAGUGCGUUGUCGCGCAAGAUCGCUCCGAAGGUGGCGCCCGCGCUGUCGAUGACGACAAUGGCAACUGGGCCGAACGAGGGCCAUAACGUGAUCCCGGGCGCGGUGAGCCUGCUGGGGACAUCCCCAGUCGUUUGCGCACGAGAUGGGGUGAGCCUGCGCCUGAGAUGGCCAAACGAGCUGCGAAGAACGUUGCCACUGCGCACGGUG